AUGCAGCCAUUCAAUUUGAACUGCAAACGCGUAUUGAUAAAAUGGAAUUACUAUAUUCUGACUUUGAUAAUCUUCAGGGUGAGAUCGAGGAACUCGCUGACGAUCCUGAUCAGAGGUAUCAGGAACGAGACGUGUUCGAGAACCAGUAUUACUCGGCUGUCGCGACUGCUAAAACCCUGUGCCAGUCAUCAUCAACUUCGUCACAUUCCUCAAAUCACGAGAGCAGAUCUUUUGGAGACUUUGGAGGAGGCAAAAAAUAACAGAGGUAAUUCUGAAUCUACUCAUAUUCACAAAUCCAAUAGCUUUAUAAUUUCUUCAAGUAAAAAUAAAUCAUUUUCAUGUCCAUUAUGCUAUCAUGAGCACUAUUUAUUUAAUUGCGAUGCCUUCAGAAAGCUACCUGUUGAGACGCGUAUUGAAAAGGCUAAGACCUUUAAAAUAUGCUUAAAUUGCCUUCGGCCUGGUCACCACGAAUCACGCUCUAAAUUGUCACAUUGCAAAUAUUGCAAAUCCAAACACAACACGCUUCUUCAUCUCGAUAUUCAUAAUGAGCCUGUCGCACAUGACAGCGUUGUGUUAUCUGCUGAACCAUCUCAGUCUUUAAUUAACACAAACCAUAUUUUGCUAUCCACAGCUAUGGUCCAGGUGCUCGACGGCCAUGGAAAAUCACAUGCCGCUAGAGUCUUAUUAGACAAUGGAAGCACAGGAAACUUUGUCACAAAGGAAUUUUGUGCCAAACUCAAUCUUCUUACCAACUCUACGAAUUCAAGAGUAACAGGCAUCAAUCAACAGAAAACCAAAUGGCACCGGUCCUAUGGCGAGCUGAAAGAGGGAAUGUUCGUCGUUAUCAAGGAGAAGACGUCUGCUCCAUUGAUGUGGCUUCUGGGACGCGUUGUACGUGUCCUGCCUGGAAGAGACGGCAUAGCAAGGGUUACAGACAUCCAAACAAAGAGGGGUGUCAUACGCCGGGCAUACAAUACCAUAUGCCCCCUGCCUGUCAAGAGCUAUAAACAGCGAGCGCGAUGA